CAUUUCACGAUGUUGUUCCUUGGCCCAAGGUCAUCGAUAGUGCCUCGCCUAGCCGCGCGCAGGGCCAUUUAUCUAUCAGAGUCCGUGUCACAGCGUGCUAAUCGGCCAAUACGUCUAUACUCCGUCAGACAACCGGUCUACCCCCCACCCCGACCGUUCCAGUUUCAUUUUGGCGCCAGCUGGGCAGCGAAGCCGCCAGAAAAACCGCGCAUUCAUGUGCCUUUCUCACCAGACACUACGGUAGGACGCUGGCGAGAUGAGACGCUUGGACGAUGGAACAAUGGGACGAGCAGAGAUGCAGGAGAGGACUUUUUCUUCGUGACAGAGAUGCAAAAUAGCUCGGGAGUGUCAUUUGGUGUUGCUGAUGGCGUGGGUGGAUGGGUUGACUCAGGCGUUGACCCAUCGCUUUAUGCACAAACACUCAUGUAUCAUGCACAUCGUUACUCGCGAUCUGGAUGGGCUGGCGAACCAGAAAUCGAUCCAACUCAAGAGUACGAGGAGCGCGAAAGAGUUGAGGGAUGGGAGUUGACACCAUAUAAAUGUCUCGAGUGCGCCUACCAUGGUGUAUUGCGGGAGCGUCUUGUCAAUGCAGGAUCCAGUACUGCUUGUUUGAUCAGUCUUAACGCAUCGUCAGGUGUAUUGCGAGCUGCGAAUCUUGGUGACAGUGGGUUUCUAAUCAUCCGAUCGUCUUCGGUUAUAUACCGACAGCCACCGCAAACUCAUUUCUUCAAUUGCCCAUACCAACUCACAAAAUUCCCGCCAAACAUGGUACAGUCCGCUCACUUUGCUGAUCACCCAAAUCGGGCUGCUCAGUAUGAGACCAAACUUCGGGAUGGGGAUAUUAUCAUUGCAUUUACUGACGGACUAUCUGACAAUGUCUUUACGCCUGACAUUGUCGCCAUCUGCUCCCUUGUAGCACGCUCAGGUGGCUCUGAAGAUGCACAAGCGCAGAUGAUGGCUAACCGCAUUGUUGAGUAUGCGCAAGUGUGUAUGCGAGAACGGAAGAAGGCGACCCCAUUUUCACGUGAAGCUUUACGGGAGGGACUUUAUUACCGAGGAGGGAAAAUUGACGACGUUACGGUUGUGACAGCUAUAGUGCGCGAGACCGUAUGAUAUCUGAGCGCGACCUUCAUUGAAGAGUACACAUGGACAAUUGAUGCAACAACCCAUAUCAUCUACUACUAAUUACUCGGUGCCACUUUUUCUUAACUCUUGCAAUAUCGUGCGGACUUUUUUGCUAUAGUACAAUUUUGUCUCGCAUCAAGUCGCCAAUCACGUUGCUUGGCUUCGCGCGACAAUAGAUUAACAUGCAAGUUGGAGCAUGCACCACGCAACUGCAGUAUAAUGUGACUCAUUCAAAGGUAGAAAACCAACGGGUCCCGUCACCGACUUGCAUGUACUUCAGUAGACAGAUUUGCAAUUGAAUGACUCUUAUGGAC